CAGCGUUAACCGGAACCAGAUCGCGAGUUCAGAGUUCAACGUGCCAACGUGCGUGUUUUAGUGGAAUAGCGGUGACUCUGUGAAGCAUGUGCCCAGUUUUAUUAUGAAAAUACUUAUAGUCGUUACUUUUACGUGUUUAUUUGUCGGCGUCUUCGUGUGUCCAUCAUGUCUUUGGACGCAUCAAAGCACGAGCUGAUCCAGUUAAUCCACCGCCAUUUGAAGGAGCAUGGUUUCCACUCCGCUGCAGAUGAGCUACAGAGGCACAUCCCACAGAGGGAGACAAAAACACGGGCAGCAUUAUUGGACAUCUACAGUUCAUGGUUAAAUGACUCAAAAAAGAAAAGGCAGCCGGACUCAGCCAAGCUGUCCAAUUUUAAAGGAAGGACUCCAGCUAAGGCUACAAAAAUCCAAACUCCAAACGCCUCCAAUCAGAUUCAAGCUGAUGGCAACGACAGGAGCUCAGAUAGCGAGGAUCUGAGUCAGAGUCUGCUGCCACAGGCAUCAAUAUCAAAAUGGACACCGGUAAAACAACAGAAAUCAACACCAAGAGCCAAGAGCGUAAAGAAAGAUAAACCUGCAAAAAAAGCAGAGACACAAAAAAAGAAGUCUGUGCCAGAGAAAAGGAAAAAAGGUGAAGGUAAAUCUGCAGAAAAGGUCCUCAAGGUGAAGAAACCAAAGGCCCGAACAAAAGCCAAGGUUGUUGCUGCUGGAGGAGAUGAUUCAGACUCUGACAGCAGUCUGGAUGUGGAGAAAUGGAAGAAACUGGUCCUGCAGAUGACAGAGGCUGACGUAGUCAAGAUGGACACCAUUGAUGCUCUGGACUCGUCUGCGCCACAGCCCAAGAAAAAGAGAGUGAGAAAACCCCGGGCUAAGCCUCCCGCAAAAACCUGCACUCCCGUUAAAAAGAAUAACGGGACGGUUGAAAAGAAUGUAAAGGUGGAAGAGAAGGCCAUGAUGGAAACACCAGCCAAGAAUAAUAAACCCAAGAGAAGCAGUCCCGAAAAGACGGCACCUGUGACAUCCUCUGCAACCCCAAGCCAAGAGCUAAACAUCAGCUCUGUAGAGGACAGACCAGCUAAAUCCACUCUGUCCCCGUCAAAACAGACGCCAAAGAAAGAGAAAAGGAAAGUUGCAACUCCCAGUGAAGAAAAAACUGAUGAGACAUCUGAGCCCAAGAAGAAGAAGAAGAAGAAGACUGAAGACAAGGCGGAAGAGAAUACAAAUGAGACUGGUGAAGAACACAGUAAGAAGAAGAAUAAAGGCACAGAGCAAGAGUUUGGUGACAAACCUGCAGAGGAGAAAGUGGCAAAAGGAACAAAGGGAGAUAGCAAAAAGAAUGAGAUUGAAGAAAUGAUGGAGAAGAACAAUAUUGGGAAUGUCGACAAUGAAGAAAUUUCAGAGUCAAUAGUGCAUGAAAAGAAAGCCAAGAAGAAGAAAAAGGAGAAAACUGAACAUGAGGAAAAUUCAGAACAGGUAGCUGAGGAAAAGACAGCAGAUAGUAAGGACAAUUCAGUGCAGAUAACUGAAGAAAAGAAAGCCAAGAAGAAGAAAAAGACAGCUGAUAGUGAGGAAAAAUCUGAACAAAAAGUUGAAGACAAAGAAAAUUCAGAGCAGAUGGCUGAAGAAAAGAAAGCAAAGAAGAAGAAAAAGACUUUUGAUAGUGAGGAGAAUUCAGAGGAGAUAGCUGAAGAGAAGAAAGCAAAGAAGAAAAAGACAGCUGUUAGAGAGGACACAUCUGAGCAAAAGGCUGAAGAAGACAAAGAAAGUUCAGAGCAGAUAGCUGAAAAAACAGAGAAGAAAAAGGAGACGGCUAAUAGCGACGAAAAUUCAGAGCAGAUAAUUAAAGUUAAAAAAGCUAAGAAGAAAAGGGAGAAUCCUGAUGAAGAAAUAUCAGUGCAGCUAGAUGAAGAAAAGAAAAAGAAAAAGAAAAAAAAGGACAGGGCUGAUCAUAAUGAGGAGCAGGUAGCUGAAGAGAAGACGACGACGGAGAAAUCAGAGAGCAGUGACAGAGAGGAAAAGCCAGAUCAGGUUACUGUGAAGAAAAAGAAAAAGGACUCAUCACUGAACAAGGAUUCAGUUGACACAGAGCCGCUACCUCCACUCAACCCAUCAACUCCAACAACAGAGAAGAAGAAAAAGAAGAGCAAGUUGAAAUCAGCUGAAGUCCCAGAAACCCCUGCAGUUUCUGUCCAAGACGACGCAGCAACACAAACCCUCCAAACACCCUCAAGUGACACCCACAAAAAGAAAAAGAAGUCCUCCAAGAGCGCCGAGUCGUGAAGAUGUUUGAUUCUUCAUCCCCGCAGAGCCAACGAUGAAGGCAGCACAUCCUUUUCAUCCGCUUUAUAAUCAGAUUUAUAUGUUUACAAUGAUCACUUUAAACUUUAAAGAGAAAAUUACUUUUUUAUUUUGGUACAUUUUUUAUCUUUUUCAUUUGUUUUAUGUGUGACAUAUAGGCGUCUGUUAUUUUCCUUUCGCUUUGUGUUUUAUAUGAUAUUGCCAUUUUAAUGGCACGAAUGUGUAGUGAAAGUGUUUCAUGGAUGAUCCCUCUCAUGAUAUUUCUUUUCAAAGUCAGACAUUUCUCUUUGAAACACUAUAUCUUUCAGUCUCAGGGAUCUUCCCCAUGAUAGUCCUAAAUCUUAAUUCAUCAUCAACAAUAUACGCCUUCUGACUCAGCUCUUGGGGAGAAAAAAAGAAUCGAACAUCUUUUGAGCAGUUUUAUAUUUAUUCAGAAAUAUAUGGAAAUCGGUGAUAACAGCCUUUUGGUAUUUGGUUAAAUAUCUGUGAAAAACAUGUUUUUUAAACAAAAGUUUUAAAUGUUUGAUAAAACUUUCACAUAUGCAUUGUACAUUAUGCUUUUAAUACAAAUAAAACUCCAUAGUUUUUUGUAAA